AUGGCUGUCAUUUUGUUUGCCAAAGAUACUGACAAAGUUGUCUUUAUGGAAGAGAUGUUGAGGCAAAAUGUAACAGGUAAAAUCUUUGUUGCCAGUGAAGCUUGGUCAAUUUCAAACUUGUUUACAAUGGCCAAAUAUUCUUCACUACUCUCUGGAACAAUUGGAUUCUCCUUUCAUAGCUCAACAAUCCCAGGAUUUAGAGAAUUUUUUAACAGUAUUCAACCCUUUAGUACGAGACAGGAUCCAUGGACUAAAAUAUUCUGGGAAAAAGUGUUUGAGUGUAAAUUUGUUGACCAAACAAUUCUCACAGAUUCAUGGAAUAAGUCAAGAUUGUGUACAGGAAAUGAGAGCAUAGAAAGUAUCCAGAAUAUUUUCUAUGAUAUAUCAAACAUAAAUGCUGCAUACAACAUUUACAAUGCAAUCCAUGUCAUAGCUCAAUCGUUACGUGACAUGCAAAGCUGCCAAGAGAACAAAGGACCAUUUACUAAUGGGAGUUGUUCGGACAUCAGUUUUAAGCCAUGGCAGGUAACGACCUCUCCAGGACUCAAAUACCAUGACCUAAAUACAAUAUUUUAUUAUAAGCUUUUCAAGUGCAAAAUAAUAACCCCAACGAGAAAGUGUGAGUUAAAGCACUUUAAGUAAGUGUAAUAGAUUAACAGCAGCUCAAAACAACACUUGUGUGGGUAUGCCUCCUUACCUCUACUCAAAUAUAGUACAAUGUAAAAAUAUAUGUGAAAAAAACUUUAAGAAUAUAGUUGAGUGCUAUGAAAUAAUUGUCUUACUAUUUGAAAUUUUUUGAAUAAGUGAGUAAUUCACAAUGAGAACUUGAAAGACACAAAACUGAAAAAGUGCAAAUGUUAAUACAAAAGUGGCAAUAUAAAUGUGUUUAAAGCCACUCACAUUGGUUAGAGCCUAUAUGAUUGGCUCAAUUCUCUGCACAAUCAUACUUUAUUGUCAGCCCCACACCUAUGUUCAUAAAGAGUACAGAAAGAUGAUGGUAACCUUGUUCUGGCUGGCGAUAGGAAGAGACGUUCUGCAAAAAGCCUUAAUAUCACUUCCAGAAGCUGCAAGUAAGGGCUAACAUUCUUCAGGAAUGCUCAGUGGUGGAUUACCUCCAUGUGACCCCAGAAGAGGUCACAAAAAAAAGAUGGAUUGUUGGGACAGAAGAACAUUGAGGAAGCAUAACAGAGAAACGUGUCUUAGUAAGGAUUUUAUCAGACUUUAAUUAAGUGUAUGCUUUUAAUUUUAUUAUUAUUAUUAUUAUAGUCUAAAAAAAUAUUGGAUUAGCACAUGUGGUCUGUCAGCAUAAAUUCCAUGUUUCAGGCAGCAGUAGAGGUCACCUUAUUAUUGGCACUAUACUUUUCGGCCAGGGAUGCAUUGGGCCAGAGUCAUAACUAGAAACCACGGGGCCCCGGUACAAAAAUUGCCCUGCCUCCCCCCCUCUGUAUGUCAACCCCCCUCCACCCUCCUCCCAUACGUCUAUCGUCCCCCACCCACAUGUUAGCUCCUCACCCCACACAUGCAAACAGAUACACAUGUAGACACACACAUACAGACACAGACAAACAUACACACACAUACACACAUACAGACACACAGUCAUAUACACAGACAGACACACAUACAUACAGACACACAGACAGACAUACACACAGACAGACACAGAGACAGACAUACAUACACACACAUACACACACACACAGACAUACACACACACAAACAUACAGACAGACAUACAACACACACUCACAUACAGACACACAUACAGACAGACAUACACACAUACAUACACUCACAGACAUAAAGACAGACAGUCAGACACAUACAGACACAUAGACAGACAUACACACACACACACGCACAUACAGAUACACACACACUCACAUACAGACAGACAUACACUCACAUACAGACACACAUACCUUUCCCUGGGGUCCAGUGGUGGCUCAGGCUGAUGGGAGUCAGAGUUCCCAGUCUGACUCCCCCUCCUUCAACCCGCGUGGCUCCCAGUGGUUGUUGGGAGGAAGUGACCGGGGAAGUCACUUCCUCCCAGUCUAUGACAUCAUCAGAGGGGGUCCGGUCGCACUGUUAACGCGCUGAUUGGGCCCCCUGGAAUUACAUAGCAUCGGGUGACCCGAAUAGCAUGGGCACCCGAUGGGCCCCUUCAAUGCUACUCCGGAGGUUAUACCGUGCAGGCAGAGGCCACAUUACUCAGAUGGCGGGACCCGCAGUCACAGGGGUCUGCAGGGCGGCUGGGCUUCCUGAAGUGAGGGGCCCGGUCGCAGCUGCGACCCCUGCGACCGCGGUAGUUCUGCCACUGCAUUGGGCUCUGAAUAAGGUGGGGUUUAUACUAAUUACCACCUAAAACCAAAAUCUAAUUCCUACUACACUAUUGGUACCCCUUCUGUGUCUUGUGUUUUGUGAGAUUUGGGAGUGACUUUUUGAAGAUAGGAUGGUUGUGCCAAAAAAACACAAUUGUAUAGAGGAUUAAGCCAACCAUAUUGGCUCUAAUCAAUGUGAGUGGAUUUAUACACAUUUACAUUGCCACUAUUAUUACCAGUAUUACCAUUUGCACUAUUUGCUUUUUUUUUUUUAUUAUGAAUUACCCACUUACCCAAAACUUGCAAGACAAUUAUUUUUUAGUGUUCAACUAUAUUCUUAAGGUGUUUUUCACUUGCAAGAUAUUUUUUACAAGCUUUUCAAAUUAUUUCAUAUUUUUGGAUAAAUGUUUUUAUUAUUUUUUCAAAUUAUUAAAAUAUCCUGGAAUAUCAAAAUAUGAAAAUAUAUUUUUUUUAAAUAUUAAUUAGUUUGAUAAUGUAUCAAAAAACAUUAAAUCGAGGAUUAUGUAUGUAGCAGAAUGCACACAACCCUUGAUUUUAUAUUUUUGGAUAACAAAUAAUGUAAUCAUCAUGGAAGCUCCCAUGUCAUAGCCUCCUAGAGAGGCUUGAAGGCUAGCCUCAUGCCCACAGACCAUGGACCCCAUCACUAUCUUUAAAAUGAUGUAUAGCAUGUCGGAGUACAUUGUGUUAUUGUUGAGUUAUUCUGUAAAAGGUUGAACUGGAUUAAAGCUAUUGUGUUAAUUAUUAGAUUGUGGAAUGCAUCAUGGUGUCCAGCUGAUAAUUACAUUAUCAUGUCUUAACCUAACUAUAUCCCAGACACCAAGACAAUAGAGAGUGGUUUGCAUUGUUCUGGCUAAAGACAACCUGUUGUGUGCAGUGGUAUGAAUACAUAAACAGUUCUCUUAUUUUACCCAACACAACCAGUCCUGUCCACAAUACUGGGGAAUUGUACAAGGUUCAAGAGAGAAAAAAAAAAUCACUUUUCCUGUAGUUUAUAAUCACUGUAUGCUGUAGCUGAAUCCAGGACCUGCAGAGGAUUGCAGAAGCGGCAACCAAGGACCUAAGGGAUUUUCCUACCUGUGACAGUAAUAUUUUUGGAUAAAUGUUUACAAUGAUUGCUUUUUUCAAAAUAUUAAAAUAUCAGAAAACACAUGAUAUUUAUAUUAAAAAAGUAUCAAUACAUAAAAAUGUAUCAAAUUAUUACAACUUUAAAGUAUUUUCGUAAUAUUAAAUCAUUUUAAAAUGUUAUCCCAAAAUAUCAAAUCGUUUAAAAGGCUUAUUAAACUAUAAAAAAGUAGGUUAUGCGCUCACUCGGUAACCAAAUGUGAGGCAGCAGUGAACCAGCAGGAUUUCCCAAUACCUGCUUAUAGUGGACUGACAUGUAAAAUAGAUAAAGUGGUAAACCGUGCCAAAAAGUGCUCAAAAGUGCAAAAUAAAUCUGUUAUACAUACAUAUUAAUCUUGGCUAAUAUAGCAUGGUAAAAUCCUCAGGGGAAACAUCCAGUAUGUUGCCAAAUCCUGUACAUUCCAUCUUAAGAACAUAGCCUGCAUCUGGUUCUUUCUUACACAAGAUGCUACCAAGGAGCUUAUCCAUGCUCUAGUAAUUUCCUGCAUGGAUUUUUGUAACCCUCUCCUAAUUGGUCCUCCCAAAAGCCAUAUUGCCCCGCUACAGUCUGUAAUGAAUGCUGCCACCAGACUGAUUUUCCUCUCUAGUCGGUCCUCUCACAAUUCACCCCUCUGUCAAUCCUUACAUUGGCUUCCUGUAUCCUAUAGAAGUCAAUUUAAAGCGCGAACUCAUACCUAUAAGGCACUGGACAACUCUAUCCCUCUUAUAUCUCAUAUCUGAUAAUCCACCUCACAGGUGUGGCAUAUCAAGAUGCUGAUAAGACAGCAUGAUUAUUGCACAGGUGUGCCUUAAACUGGCCACAAUAAAAGGCCACUCUAAAAUGUGCAGUUUUAUCUCUAAUCUCUCUCCUUCCCCUACCAAUACUCUCUCCAAUCCCACUUGCUCCACUGUUCUAUGCUCAUUAGCACCCACAACACUGGAAGACGUAUUUGCUCUUCUUUGGUCUUCUCAACCCACCACCUGUUUCCUCGAUCCUAUUCCCUCAUAUCUCAUCUACACCCUAUCUUGUUCUCUUGCUCUGCUUCUCACUAUAAUUUUCAAUAUCUCCUUCACAGCCUCUAAAGUGCUAGUAUUUUAUGUUUUUCUUUAGUUUGUAACUACAUUUUAGAAAAUGGAGGUUUUGGGGGCUUUUGUCUAUCUGUUUGUUUGUUUGUUUUUUAAUUGUACUUUAGUGUGGUUAUAGUUUCUAGUGAUAAUUGUAUAGUUCAUUGUUCAUGCUUGUAAAUAUGACUUUAUUUUCAGUAUCAGGUUGGAGCACACUUGUUAAAUUAGGCUACGUAUAUACUUAGAAAAUAGUUAUUAUCCAGAAAACUUUACACAGUGAUUAAUCAUAGGUAGGGUUGCAGACAAAGGGAAUUUAUAAUUAAAGUCUAUGGUACAUAUGUCAUCUCAAUAAAAUCCAUGAAUGAUACUGUUGGUACCCUUUAUCUGGUUCACAGCUGUCUCACUACAUCCAGAAUGUUAAAGUGAAACUAAGUAAUGGAAGAGAAUUGUUCUUUGACCAAAAUGGAGACCCACCUGCUGUGUAUGAUAUAAUAAACUGGCACAUGAAUACAGAUGGCACAACGAGACAUGUGAAAGUGGGCAGCUAUGAUACUACUCAGGCCAACGGGAACAGCUUUCUUAUCAAUACAAGUGCGCUGAUAUGGGCAUCUGGCCAACAACAGGUAAAAAAAAAUAAUUAAAUUCUCAAUAUUAAUAAAUCACUAUAAUCAUCUACGGCCCUUUGCAAUGGGCAACCAUAAAACAGAACUAGAAGGUGACAGCUUUAUACAUACGGGACUGAGAUUAAAAACUGAGAGUCGUGUUCGUUGAGCCUUUGGUGUAACGAGCCUGAGGAUUCUUCAAUAGAGGUGUAUUUACAUAUUAUUAACGUACAGAUGAUGCCAUACAUAGGUUAAAUUACAAUCCAGAGUUCGUAAAGGAUCGUUAACAAUGCUUGACAUUUGUUUGGAAUUGUGAGACAGGUUUUAAAGAGGUUACAAAAAUCAAGGACCAUUAGCCUAUCAUUUUACUGUUUAUUGUGAGAUAUGGGUCACUUUUUCACUAUUUUUACUCUUAUAGACCUUGUAAAUAUCUUUAAUACACACACAUCUAGUGUUAGAAUUUAAUAAUAAAAAAUAAUCUAUUCAAAUUACUACUUUGAUCAAAUUUUACCAAAAUUUACCAAUAUGGGAUAAAAAGAAGCUACUAUCUGAAUAAUGUUACUAAUGUAUGUUUGUAAAGCUUGAGGCAUCAGAAGACUAUUUUAUGACAAUACCAUGACUAUUUAAUUCCUGGUAGCUUCCUGAGCAACAUUAGUCCUGGUCUCCUCUUCUCCUAUCACUUGUAUCUCACUCCCCUACCUAUGAUCUCCCAUACACCACAAUGUGCAAACUUUGACAAAAAAAUAUAAAAUAUUUAACUUAUAAAAAGGGCAACCCACUUCUCACCAGCAAAUAUAUGUAUACAAAUUGGGAUGCUGUAUCUUAUUUUUUUUUAUACAUAUAUUGGCUUAUGGUCUCCCAUGACUUACUGGGAAAGAUGAAUGUGAGUACAGUUUUUGCAAGAUGUUCAUGUUUGAUUUCCACAUGAAAUUUUCUGUCAUAACCAAUGUGAUAGCAUUAAAUAUGUAAGUGACACCCACAUUUUUCCAUCAAAUUUUCAGCAAUGUUUUUGAUAAUUUUUGUCUCUGUGUAUAAAAUCUGUAGGAAUUUUUUCAUUUGUUGCUUUUUUUCGCUUAUCAUUUUAGAAUAUAAACAAUUUUUUUAUUUGUGGCAUAAACGAUCUAUGAUUAUUUCUACUGCUUUUAUAAAUACAAUCAAAAUAAUGACAAAAUGCAACCAGCAUGUUUUUAAAUCAUUUAAUUAUAAAUUGUCCCUUUCAACCCCCUAGAAAAAAUCACUAACAAAUAAAAAUAUCCAAAUUCAGUAGGAAUUCCCUGGAACAAAGAUGAUGGACAAUAAUGGCUUAAUAAGGACCCUGUCAAAUUAUUACACCUUCUCACAAGGUCCAAUUGAAGAGCCAACUGACCAGCAAAACAAGUGUCAAAGAGCCUGUUGUAACAACAAGCCCAGUAUGCCUACAAAAGGACAAAUGGAUUAUACAGCCUGUGACGAAGUGUCCUUCGCCACUUGGUCCUGGAGAGGCCUUCUUGCCAGUCUCCUCCCCUGCGACUAUGACUCUUUCAUCUAUCUGGCUUUAAAGCCCCUAGUCUACCUUCAGACAGACUAUUUAUGUGGGCUGCUUUAUUUAUCCUAUGUUUUAGUCACCCUGUACCCAUUAUAGGUGCAGGGUGUGUGUAAUGUAAUUGUUUAUAGUGUGUGUGUGUGUGUACUGUGUAAUGUAUUGCCUGCUCUCUUGUAUUGCUGAGGUUUGCUACCAACUAGGUGGGUUUGGCUAUGGAGCUGGUCUAGUGCCCUCUGUUGGUAGCAACAGCAAUAUGCACUACCUGAAUUGCAAGACUGGUUCAUUUGCAUAUUCGGGUAGAUUUGCAUAUUGCUAAUUCUGCAGGCAGGUGAGAUAUUUACUGUUAAAUAUUGUCUCCUCCCACCCCUUUAAAAAUGUGCCAUUGUGUUGUGAUAAGUCACUGUGUGUUUCUUGAUAUGGUUUGACUGUUUGUGAUUUUAUUGAGGUUUCACAACAAUGUUAUUGUGGUGACUGGAUUGGCUGGUCCCAAGGGAAUAAAGGUUUUGACAGUUCUUCUUGACCCUUCAAAAUGUAGCCUUGUCUCGUUCUUGAAAGGGGAAUCUCUACAGCUUAAUCACUUAGCUCUUUUCAGAGCUGCACCUGGUUUCCACUCCUGAUCCAGCAGAAGGGAAUAGGCGACUCCAUCACUACACAGCGACUGCCAGGAAGAAAAGGACGUCCCUAACGGCUGGUACCAUCUCUACACCAGGGUAGCCGUUACACCUGUGUUAUACUCUGAUCCAUAUUAUUUAAUUACUUCCUAGACUUUCUUUUUACCUGCGCCUUUUGUUUUUAGAAACUAAUUAUUUUCAUUGGAUAUAAUGCUAGUUACAUAGUUACAUAGUUACAUAGCUGAAAAGAGACUUGCGUCCAUCAAGUUCAGCCUUCCUCAGAAAUGUUGUUGCUGUUGAUCCAAAAGAAGGCAAAAAACCUGGUCUGAAGCACUUCCAAUUUUGCCACAAACUAGGAAAAAUUCCUUCUUGACCCCAAAAUAGCAGUCAGAUGUCUCCUUGGAUCAAUCAGCUAUUACCCACUAAUUAGAAAUUAUAUCCCUGUAUGUUAUGUUUUUGUAAGUAUUUAUCCAAUUUCAGUUUAAACAUCUGUAUGGACUCUGACAAAACCACCUCUUCAGGCAGAGAAUUGCAUAUCCUUAUUGUUCUUACUGUAAAAAAAGUUAUGAAAGGGUUUAGUUAAUUUUCAUGACUUGACGUGUGGACACGAACAGAUGGAUAGAAGUAGCUGCCCAUGAAGGCACAGUAGUGAAAGAGCAAAUGUAUUAGACAAUGAGUUUAGAUUAAUAUUGAUAAAGGGCUAUAUAUAGAUUUUCUCAACCUUCCUGAGUGGUGUACAUUUUUGUCUAGUCCUCAUUCUUGGAUCCCCUACUAGAGGCCUGGGAGUCUGAGGGUUCUGUGCAGUAUUUUAUCGGUUCCUAGAACUGCAGUCUUCUGGACAGCAAUCCCAGCUGUCCACGUCUAUUAAUCUGGUGCUAUGUUUUGUUACUAUGAUGCUAGGAUUAGUGCUUCAGGGCUGUCACUCUGUCCAACCACUGAUAGGAUAUCGCAAUGUGAGCCACAUCCACUAUCUGCUGGAGGUACAACCCGUGGAGAGGCAUGUCUUGCCAUGGAACCUUCUCUUUUCCUGUAUCCUAUAUCUGUGGUUGUCUCAGGCAUUCCUUUAGCAGUCCAUGUUUGGGAGCCAUCUUCAUGAUGUACUUGUGGAUGCACUGUGUUUCAUCUGGGACUCUACCCUUGACACUCAUCAGGCACAGACCUCCUUCCUUCCGGCUGGUGUUCAGUCUCUGAGUGUUUGAUUCCAGGUGGAAUUCUCAAUUUGUUUCAAAUAUUUGGACACUGACACAAUUUUCAUAAUUUUUCUUUGGUUCUGUAUGCCACCACAAUGGAUUUGAAAUGAAACAGCCAAGAUGCAACUGAAGUGCAGAAUUUCAGCUUUAAUUCAAGGGGUUGAACAAAAAUAUUGCAUGAAACGUUUAUUCCAUGGGGACAAAUGUAAUUAGACAAAUUAACACAAUCAUACAUAAAAUGUCAAUCUUUAAUACUUUUUCAAGAAUCCUUUUAAGGCAAUGACUGCUUGAACCCUGCAAUGCAUAGACAUGACUAAACAGCUUUGUGAUGCUUUUCCAGGUCUUUGCUGCAGUUUUCUUCAGUUGUUGUUCAAGGGUUUUUCUGCCUUACGUUUUGACUUCAGCAAGUGAAAUGCAUGCUCGAUCUGCUUGAGAUCAUGUGAUUAACUUAGCCAUUGCAGAUUAUUUAACUUCUUUGCCUUAAAAAAACAUGGGUUGAUUUUACAGUAUGUUUUGAGUCAUUGUCCAUCUGUAAAGUGAAGGACCAUCCAUCCAACUUUGCUGAAUUUGGCUGAAUCUCAGCAGACAAUAUAUCUCUACACACACUUCAGAGUUUAUCAGGCUGUUUCUGUCACAUCAUCAAUAAACACUAGUGAGCCAGUGCCAUUGGAAGCCAUGCAUACCUAUGACAUCACACUGUCUCCACCCUGUUUCACAGAUUACAGUGGUAUGAUUUGGAUCACAAGCCUUCUCCAUACUUUUUUUUCCAGUCAUUCCAGUACAGUGUAAACUUAAUUGUAUCUGUCCAAAGAAUGCUGUUCCCGAACUUGGCUUUCUUCUUUAACUGUUUUUUUUUACAAAGUCUAAUCUGUCCUUUCUACUCCUCUACUAAAAGCUUACGAGUAGCUUGCACCUUGUGGUGCACCCUCUAUAUUUGCUCUGAUGAUGCCUUUUCUUUAUAUAUUUUAAAUGAUAUGCUUACCCCCUAGAGAGUGCUCUUCACUUGGCUGGAUGUUAUGAAGAGGUUUUUCUUUACCAUCCUACAGUCAUCCACCACUAUUGUUUUCCAUGGAUGUUCGUGCCUUUGCGUUGCAGAGCUCAUCAGUGUGUUAUUUUUUUUAUCAGAAUGUACCAACCUGUUGAUCUGGCCACUUGUAAUGUUCAUGCUAUCUCUCUGAUUGAUUUUUUUUUCAUUUUUUUUCUAAUAAGUUAUUUAUGUAAGAAAUAAUGGAUUGCUGUGUUUUUAUCCUGCAGGUACCUGUCUCUGUCUGUACCCAAAGUUGUCUUGUUGGUUUUAGAAAGGUGUUACGGAGGGAUUUGCCUGUCUGUUGUUUUGAAUGUAUUCUCUGUCCUCUGGGCCAGAUUUCUAACAAGACAGGUAAGUGUAUUCAAGGGAACAUUAUUAAUUCAGUUUAUGGAGUGACAACAUUUUUGAAAUACUGACUAUCAUCAUGCCUUGUUAUUUAGGUACAAAUUAAAAAAAUUAAAUAAAUUGACAUGCUUGCCGCAAUGUAUUUGGGUUCUGUGGAGUAGUGGUGGGCUUAGCAUAAUAUGGUGGAACUGAAUCCUAAUAUAUGUUAUACUGAGAUAGGUGAUGCAAGGAAACCUGGUAUAUCCAAUACCCAUUCGGUAGUUUCUUCCUGAACGGCCAGAGUAGUAGUGAAUUAUAACUCUCCAUUCAACGAAAUAAAAUAAGUAAUUCCCAUAUGAACAACAGCUUCCCAAGUAGAUUCCCUUAGUACUUACGUACUUACGUACCACGGUCGCAGGGGUCGCAACUGCAACCGGGCCUGGCCCACCAGAGGGCCCGGCCGCCCUGCGACCCAGUAUGUAUGCCAGUUUGCCAGCCUAUUCUCCUGGGGGGGCCCAGGAGCUGGCCACCUUUAGGGCCCCCCCGAGGCUGGCAAUGGUGUCACUGGAUGUGCAAGGGAGCAUUCUCUCCCUUGCGUGCACCGCACUGAUGCCGGAGCAAGAAUAUGAUGUCGUUCUGGCUCCGGCAUCAGUAAGUGGACGCCACUGGAUGAAGGGUAUAAGAGAACUGAAGUUUAAUGAUGCCACACUGGCUUUUAUGCAAUACCUCCUAGACCUGGAGAUAAUUAAGGCUGAUAAAGUACUAACUUCAUUAUCUCCAGGCAGAAAAAUCACAAUUUUCCCCAACUUUUAGAACACCCCUUAAAACAUAAGGUAUCCCCACAAAAGUCAUAUCCCCCAAUAGCCCUGAUCUGGGUGACCAACAUAUUCAAAAAUCACCUGAAUUUCAUGGAUGUCUUAGUUGACCGGUUACCCACGAGGCUCCGGACAGUUCCACAAGUUUUAGUGGUUUUGCCGGACUUAUUCAAAAAGUCUUAAAAAGUGAAUAAAUCCACGAACAGUUCCCCCUGGCUCCUAGCAGCGAUUGUUCCCCUCAUUCGAAUGCACAAAAGUACCGAACAGUGCUCUUAUUGCUGUUUGGGAAAUGAAGAUCCAGCGUUCGUGUGUGUUGGAACGUGUUCGGGAAGUCGAGUGUCCGAUUUUAGUUCCAGACACUUUGUUCGCACAAACAAGAUGGCCGCUCUUUUCUCAGCCACGUGGCAUGCGACAAUAUGAACGGUGGCCGCACAGGGAGAGGGCUUAAUUGAGGUACGCUUUGAAGUUAACGAGCCAGGGUGGUGGUCUCUGUUCGGUAGUUACAGCUACCGAUCGAAGGGAAAUAAAAUAAACAAAAUAACUUAGUGAUUUCUUCACAGGUGAGUUUAAGUAGCCUUAUAAAAUUUAAGAUUGUAUUUUAAUGUGUGAGUUGUUCUUUCAUCUGUGUAUUGUACAAAGGUUGGUCUUUACAACAGCGGCAUUCAUGAGAAAUGCAUGUUCUGUGCGUGACCCCAAUUCCCCUUUUCUCUUUACUAUAUAACUUUGGUGUGCAGACCAGAUUCUCUUUAGAAUGAGCAACCUGCCCCAAUCCCCCCCCCCCCAGCUUCAGAUGCCCCUUUGGAGGUGACCACAGGAAAGUAUGAAUUUCAGGUGGUUUUGAAAAAUGAUGUCACUUUAAUUAUAAUUUUCAUUUGGGUUAGAGCAGAAAUAUAAAAAAAGUAAAAAGGUAAACAGUAAAAAGUCAUAAUAAUAAAUAAUAAAGUGGGCUGCUACCAGGGGCGGACUGAGCACUCGGGCAAAUCGGUCCUGGACCGAGGGCCCGAGGCUCUGGGGGCCCGCCCCUGCUGCAGUGCAGUAAUGGCUGAGCUGGGGAGUAAAACAAUCUCCCCAGCCAGCCUGCACUCAGUAAGGGGCCCGCACAGCCUUCCGCGGGCCCCUGCUGCUAAAAAUAUAAUCCCCCGUGCAGGGGACACUGAGAGACAGCUAUAGGGCCUUCCAAAGACCCCCCCCAGGCUGCCCCUCAGUGUGCCUGUCUCCAAACACAGCCUCACUGAGCUGCCUGUAACACUGCUCAGGGCAGCUCUGUGCGGCUUGUUCUGCAGGAAGUGACAUCAGCAGUCACAGUGCAGAGUGAGGAGCUGCCCUGAGCAGAGUUACAGGCAGCAUGUCAGCAUUGUGUGCCCUCCUUCAGAAGAGGACCACCAGAGAGGUAAGGUUUGGGAGGGGGGGCUUUAUUUUUUUUUUUUAUUAAAAUGUUUUAUUAUAUAAUUUCCCCCACUACUGCCCCAUCAGAGCCCAUACCCCCCUUACUCCCAGUGCAUGCAUCCCCCUACCCCCCCUCUCCCACUGCAUCCCCCUACCCCCCUCCCACCCUACCCCCACUGCAUCUUCUACCCCCCACUGCAUCUCCUACCCCCCCCUGCAUCCCCCUGCCCCAAUGCAUCCCCUACCCCCUUGCUCCCACUGCAUCCCCACCCCCUCCCACUGCAUCCCCUCCUCCCUGCUCACUGCAUCCCUCCCCUCCCAUGCAGCCCCCACCCCCCACUGCAUCUCCCCUCCCCCUCCCCCCAAUGCAUCCCCUACCCCCUUGCUCCCACUGCAUCCCCUACCCCCCUCCCACUGCAUCCCCUCCCUGCUCCCACUGCUCCCCCCUCCCACUGCAACCCCUACCCCCACUGCAUCUCCCCCCCUGCAUCCCUACCCCAAUGCAUCCCCCUACCCCUGCUCCUGCAUCCCUACUUGCUGCUCCCACUGCAUCCCCUCCCCACCCUCCUGCAUCCCUAGCCCCCUCCACUGCAUCCCCCCCUGCUCCCAGUGCAUCCCCCUCCCUGCAUACCCUACCCCACCCACUGCAUCCCCUGCCCCCGGCUCACUGCACCCCUCAGCCCGGCUCCCAGUGCAUCCGUGCCUGCUCAGUGCAUCCCCUCCCCCCUGCUCCCAGUGCAUCCCGUACACCCUGCUCCCACUGCAUCCCCUACCUGCUCCCACUGCAUCCCCUACCCCCUGCUCCCCUACUGCAUCCCGUACCCCUACUGCUCCCACUGCAGCUUUUACCUGCUGCUCCCACUGCAGCUCCUACCCCCUGCACUGUGCGCAAUAGUAGGGUUUCGCUUUUGGUAGUGGCUAGUGGGCUACCCAACUGCUCCCACUGCAUCUCCUAUUACCCUUUGCACCCACUACAGUCUGUCCCUCCUCUGCACCUACUACAGCCUCUAAUCCACCCUAUUCCCCCAUAUCCUCUACAGUCCCUCCCCUGCAGCCCCUUCCACUCGCACCCUUUACAGCCCCUUCCUUUCGGCACCCUCUGCAGUCCCUACCCCUUUGCACGCACAAACAUAAAGGGACACUAUAGUUACCAGAACAACUACAGCUUAAUUUAUAUUAUACAGCUUAAUGUAUAGUAACAGCUUAAUGUUUAUUAUAUAGCUUAAUGUAGUUGUUCUGGUGAGGAUAGUAUACUACUGCAGGGUUUUUGCUGUAAAGACUGCCUUUUCAGAGAAAAUGCAGUGUUUACAUUGCUUCCUAGGAACACCUAGGCGCUUCCUGUGUCAGUAUUGCAAAAUGUGCAGCACUGACAUUCAGCAUCUCCAUGAUCUGCAUGUCGACGCUGAACGCUUGUCAUAGAGAAGCACUGAUUCAAUGCAUCUCUAUGAUGGUGAUUGGCACAGCGUUUUGCUGUGCGUGCACAAUAGCCUUCUAGUACUUUCCUAUGGUAGAGCAUUGGGUUGGCUGAGAUCAUCUAAAUUGAUGAACUCUGCCAAGGAGUUUGGUCGGUGCUGGGAAACAGGUGAGUAAAUCGCAUUUUUAAGGGGGGAAUACACAUUUGUAUUCCUGACACUAUAGUGUUCCUUUAAAGGGACACUCCAGGCACCCAGACCACUUCUGCCCAUUGGAGUGGUCUGGGUGCCAACUCCCACUACCCUUAACCCUGCAAGUGUAGUCAUUGCAGUUUUUAUAAACUGCAAUAAUUACCUUGCAGGGUUAACUCUUCCUCUAGUGGCUGUAUACUAGACAGCCACCAGAGGACACUUCCUGGUCUAUAGCACAGGAUUUCUGUGCUAUAGUGUCGCUGGACGUCCUCACGCUGUGUGAGGACCUCCAGCGUCGCUAAAAUUCCCAUAGGAAAGCAUUGAAAAGCAUUUUCAAUGCUUUCCUAUGCAGAGGUCUAAUGCGCCUGCGCGGCAUUGCCGCGCAUGCGUAUUAGGUCUCCCCCGACGGCUGACGUGAAGGGGAGGAGCAUGAGCGGAGGAAGAAGCAGCGACGUGGGACAUGUCGCUGCCUCUGGUAAGUCACUGAAGGGGUUUUCACCCCUUCAGCAACCGGGGAUGGAAGGUGGGAGGGAGAGGGGACCUGCAGUGCCAGGAAAACGGAUUGUUUUCCUGGCACUGGAGAGUCCCUUUAAGGUGGCUCGUAACAUUUAACACUUGGUUUCACAAAUACUCCCUUUUACAUACUGCCAUGCUACACAAACACACACAAAAAAUACUACCCUAUUCACAAAACCAAAAACAUGUAUUCAAAUAUACUAAUAAUCCACAUAUCCUGACACUACACACAAAGACAUACAUAUAUUCACUUACACUAGCGCUCACAGUGAAUAUACACACAGAAACAUGCAUUCACUUUACAUGUACAUACAAUCAAAUAUACGGUACACCUAUACCAGCAUAUAUAUCGGUCUGCUGGGGGCCCAGGUGCUAAUUUUGCCCGGGGGCCCAGGCCACUGUCAGUCCGUCCCUGGCUGCUACAUACGUAUGUAAGACCGAAAAUUUCCAUGAAAUACUCAGGACUAGUAUGUGCACUCCUUAUUAAUAUUGCUCAUAUAUAAAAAUGAACAAUUACAAGCAAUGUCUCUCAAAAGACAUAUAUUUAAUAAAGAAUAAUUAAAAACAGUGAUUUGAACACUAUACAGACUGAAUGACCAGUAUUGAAAUGCACCCUAAAUACACUGGAUAAUAUAGACAAUAAUGUGGUACUCACAGCUGGAAAUCACUUACCCCCCCCCCUUUUGCUGCAGCAGGAGAUAGGACAGAGAAAAAUAAAAAUAGGACUGCCGAUGAAAAUGCUGACCGUUACUGAGCACUCAGCUCAGCCAUGGAGGAUUGACAGACCACUGGCAGCUGUGUGAUGUUGCAGGAACAUGGAGAAGGUGCUGGCUGAUGGAAUCCUAGUUCAGUAUACACCGUGGUCGGAAUCUUCAAAAAAGACCACGGUGUGGAAUACCUCAGUCUCUCUGUAGAUGAUGAGAACACUGGAGACACCUUAUACGUGAUGUUGAGCAGAAAUAUGAUAUGCAUUGUGAGUACAGGGUGGCCCGUAAGUCCCUACACAGCCAUAUAUCUUAUGUAUCCAGUGUAUCUGUGCGCUGAAUGGGUAGGGAGUUAUGGGCCACCCUGUAUAUACAUCAAAGUACUAUCACAUUCAUUGUUUAGUUUUGACACUGCAUUUUUUUGAAUUGUGUUUAUCACAAUCAUCUUGCAUUUUAUAUAUCCACAAUGCAAUUGGCAACAGAUUAUUUAAAUACACUUUAUCUCAUUUAGCACUAGAGCUAUUUACUUUGUCUCCCACCUUGGAAUUAAAUUAGGACCCACUGAUAACAAGGUACUGUGGAGUAGUGGUGGAUUUAAAAUAAUAUGGCCAUAUGGUGGAACUGAAUCUCCCUGUUUGUUUGCUGACAUUUGUGAUUUUAAGUAGCUUUAGAAAAUGUAAAACUAUAUUUCUAUGUGUGUGCUGUUCCUUAUUGUUUAUUUUGAACAAAUUUUGGACUCUACGGCAGCACCAUUGCGGAGAAAUGCAUGUUCUGGGUGUGACCCAAAUUCACUUUUUUCCUUAAAAUGCUUGUUCCAAAGUCUAAUCUAAAUCAUAUUUUAUAGAUAAAAAAUAAGAUACAAAAAAUUAAAAGCAGUUUUACAAAGACAUUUAAAUGAUAACAAUAAGUAAAACAUGAAAAAGUUGGCACCAUAAAUUGGGCCCGAAGGAAGAUGGCACUCUAUUCUUCAAAGCAAUGAUUACAAACACAGGGGUCCUCACUAUCACAUGGCCGGAAUAGCCGGCUUGCGCAGUGCCUGCAGGGGGCCUGUCUGAGCUCUCAUUCCUGGGCUGCCAUAGGGUCUCAAAGGCAACAUAGGCCCAGCAAACCAAUCUGGCAAUUUUCAAUGUGCAAACAUGGAAAAGAGGAAAGCCCUAAAUUUGACCCCUGUAGGUUUGCAAAAACCCAUACAACCUGUACAUUGGGGGCUCUGUUAUACUCAGGAGAUGUUGCUGAACACAUAUUGGGGUGUUCUUUGUCUGUAACACAUAACAGGAACUGAGGAGAAAAUUUAGAAACUAUUUAGCAUUGAUGUUUUUGGCAGUUGUAGAUGCAUAACAAUUUUUGGGGGUCAAAGUUUGAAAAAGUGUGUUUCUUUACAUUUUUUCAUCAUAUAUUAUAAUUGUUUUUAUAGUAAAUUAUAAGAUAUGAUGAAAAUAAUGGUAUCUUUAGGUAGACCAUUUAAUGGCGGGAAACACGGUAUAUAAUAUGUGUGGGUACAGUAAACGAGUAAGAGGAAAAUUACAGCUAAACACAAACACCACAGAAAUGUAAAAACAGCCCUGGUCCUUAACAGUAAGAAAACUGAAAAAAAAACGUUCUGGUCGCUAUAGGGUUAAUGAACUGGCAAACAAGAAGGGGUGAGGCUCAACUAAAUAGGGAGAAGAUACUUACAAAUUAAGGCCAGCUGGGAACAGAGAGAAAUCUGUCAUGGGGCAGCAAGGAAUGUAAGAGAUAUGAAUGAAAACCGAAAAAUGAGUUUAGAUUAAAUGAGAUCAGGACAGGAUAAGGUAUGAAAUGGGGCAUUUUUGUAAAAGGUAAAGGUCAUUCGGGCAGGUUCCUCAGUAACUUCUUGUCUACUGUUAUUAUUUGUUAUACUUUGUGUCUGGAAUAAAUGAGGGGAUUAAAAAGAAAAAAAUAAAUAGUAGUAAAAUAUAUGAAAGAGAGUGAUGCGUGAAAUGAGAGUACAAAUAUAACCACAGUAUGUGUUCUGUGUGAAAUUAGUGUGAGGUGUAUUUUUACACUGACUGCAGUGCAGUAUGUUCCCUAACUACUAUGUGUACAUUUAUGUUUGUACCUCCCAGCUAAUAUUGACCUUUAACCCAUUAAGGACGGCGGGCAUGCUAUGCUAGGCUCUAAACGCCGGCAGGCGGCAUAGCACGUCCCCGCCGAUCCCACACCGGCGAUCGCAGUGGGGGGAGUCUCCUGGCAUCCCAGGGAGUGCCCCUGCUACCAUUCCGGCCCUCUUGGGCCAUGUGAUCACAAGGUCCUUGCGAGGACCUCAUGAUCACAUGGAUGGCAUAACUGUCCAUAGUAGUGCCAGCAGGGGGAGUGCCUGUAAUGACAGGUAUUCCCCCCGCUGCCUGAAAUAAAAUAAAAAAGUUUAAAACUGUGUGAAAUUAAAUUAUAUUAACUUAGAUCAUAUAUAUUUGAUAUAUAUAUUAUCUAAGUAUAAAUAUACACCUACACAGACAUACACAUACACUGUCUAAAUGUAUUUUAAUAUUAAUUAUAUAUGUAAUCAAAAUACACAUAGAAUGAUAUUGAUUAAAUAUAUAAUUAUAAUUAUAUACAUAAUUAUAUAUAAUAUAAAAUAAAUAAAUAUGUAAAUACGUAAAAAAAAAAUAAUACUAAUACAUAAAUAUAUAUAUAUCUUGAUAUCUUGACAAAGACCUCCUGGGUCGAAAUGUUGAUCACUUUGAACCUUUAUAAAAUCUAUUGAACAAAUCCUCUGGAGUGCUCUCUUCAUUGUCUUGCAUAUAUAUAUAUAUAUGUGUGUGUAAUUUCGUUCUAACUGUAUUUUGAUAUUAAUAUAUAUAUAUAUAUAUAUAUAUAUAUAUAUAUAUAUAUAUAUAGAUAUAAAAAUAUACGUAGAACAGAAUAAUAUAUAUAUCUAUCUAUAUAUAUAAGUAUAUACGUAUAUAUCACUAUAUAUACCUAUAUAUAAAUAAAAAAAAUAUAUACACAUGUAUAUAAUAAUUCUAUGUUUAUAUUUAUGUAAUGAUUUUAAGUAAUUAGGUCAUUUUAUUAAUUAAAAUCUGCGGGACAUGCCUGACAACCCAGGCCGAAAGUCCAGGGAAUUUAAUUUGCUAGCACUAUAUUUAACCCUGUAUCUUAUAUAUAUAUCUAUAUAAUUGUUGUGAUACGUUUUAUUGUUUCGGAACACUAAUAUUUGUGUUCAGCAAAAUCUCCCGAGUGACACCCCUCCCUGUCACAGGUGCCUCACCCUUAGCCUUGUACUGCAGAGAGCCCCAGAUGGAAUUUGUUCCCCAAGUAAGUGGGUUAAUCUCAUAAGAGCAGACAUUAGGCUGUUAGUGUAGGACCUGCCAAAGAUGGGGUACAUUGACGUUGUGGCAGGCUUAUGCAAUGUUUGAUCAUACAAUGUAACUAAACCCCCAUUAUUUUUGCCUACAUUAGGUGUUUUAAAAAAAAAAAAAAAAACUAAUAAAAUCUGUCAACAUUGAAGUUGCUGUUUAGUAGAUAAUUGAGUGUGCUGGAUCUUGUUAAUAUAUAUAUAUACUGUCCAUUGUAUACAUUUACAUAAAAAGCCUGAAAGUAUGAUCUAAACACAGUUUGCAGAAGAGAUAGCACAUUAUUCUCAAAGACAAUGUAAAUAUUGCAACACACAUUUAUUUUCCAAGGCUUAGUUUACUGGUAUGUUGAGCUGCCCUUAGCAGCCCUUACGUAAGAAUUAUGCAUCUGCUAUAAAAGCUUCUUUUUUUAUUAACUUGUUAACUUGUUAAAUAAUGUAUAACUUUUCUUUCAGAAAUAAAAAUUGCUAAUUAAAAAAACCUAGAAAUGUAUAAAUCAAAUAUUCUCAACAGAUAGCAACUUAAAGGUUUUUUUUCUCUAUAUGUUUACUUUUAGACUCACUUGACUGCUUCAAGUGUCCAUGGGAUGAGUGGCCAAGUCCCCAGAAAGACAGAUGUCUCCCAAAGAACAGAGAAUUUCUAUCCUUUAGAGAACCUUUAGGUGCUGCUCUAGUUGCUACAGGUGUUUUCUCGUCCUUGCUGCCAAUUUCCAUUUUUGGACUUUUCAUUUGUUACAAGAACACCCCAAUUGUUAAAGCAAAUAACUUCUCUCUGAGUUGUCUUCUUCUAAUGUCGAUGUCCCUCUGUUUCCUCAGCUCCUUAGCUUUUAUAGGUUACCCUCAGCCUGAGAAAUGUCUUUUACGACAAGUUGCAUUUGGCACAGUCUUUACCCUUUGUAUCUCUUGUAUUUUAGCCAAAACCUUCAUGGUGGUUUUUGCCUUUAUGGCCACAAAACCUGGAAGCAGUUUAAAGAAAUGGGCCAGACCUAGAGUUUCCUACAUAAUAAUAGCUUUAUCCAGCUUACUACAAAUAAUUUUGUGCAUCUUGUGGAUUUCAUUUGCCCCUCCUUUCCUAGCAGAAAACACUCAAACCCAACCAGGAAUUAUCAUUGUUGAAUGUAAUGAAGGUUCACCCACAGCCUUCUGGUCCAUGUUGGGAUACCUUAGUUUCCUGGCCACCAUCAGUUUCAUUGUUGCCUUCUUGGCCAGAAGACUUCCUGACAGUUUCAAUGAAGCCAAGUUCAUCACCUUCAGCAUGCUGGCCUUCCUCAGUGUAUGGGUGUCCUAUAUCCCGGCUUCUCUUAGUUCCACUGGGAAGUACUCAGUGGCCAUGGAGAUCUUUGCCAUUCUAUCUUCAAGCUGGGCCCUGCUGAUUUGCAUGUUUGUCCCAAAAUGUUUUAUUAUAUUGUUCCGAUCUGACAUGAACUCAAAGCAACAUCUCAUGGGAAAAAUUAAAAUAUAA